AUGGCGUCACCCCCUUGGUAUCGAAUCACAGGCUCUUAUAAGGCUGAGGAAAGAACAACAUACUCUCUGUCCAAGCUCACUCUUUCAAGGAUUUACCAACUUGCAGUUCAGAUAUUCGUAUCACUUAUUUUCCUACCGCUGGAUACAUCUAUUCUUCUCGGCCCGGCCAUUCUCAACUAUUUUCAUCUCCUACACUAUCAACAGAGACAUAAUCGACGGCUACUCUUGCAAAAUCCGCGCUUUUACCCCAAGACAAUUCUCAUUACCGGUAUCAAUAAAGCACGAGGACUCAAACUAGCCCGUCAAUUUCACUACGGCGGCCAUCGGGUCAUUGGCGCCGAUGUGGGUAUAUCGCUCAUCCGCUCCGGUGGCAGCAUGUCCAAUACGAUUUUUGCCUACUACGCUCUGUCCAGUAGCAAAUCUCUAUAUGUUUCCAACUUGAUUGACAUCAUCCACCGGGAAAAGGUUGAUUUAUGGAUUCCUUACUCCGAUAACGUGACCCCUAUUGAGGAUGCCAUGGCCAAAAGUGCGAUCGAGAGUCGUACAAGCUGCAAAUGUCUUCAUCUAAAUGUUGACUAUGUGACGCUUCUUGGUCAAAAUGAUUCAUUCAUACAGCAUGUGCGAGAAAGAGGGCUUCCGGUGAUUGAGAAACACAAUGUCCAGUCUCGAGACUCGGUUCAUCGAAUCUUGAACCGCUCGCCCAAUAAAGCCUAUCUCAUUCACAAAUCGUCCAAGGGUGCUUUGCGGGACGCUGUUGCCUUACCCAAAAGUACUCCUAGUCAAACAUACACGGAGGUCAGUAUGAUUGCUAUUUCCAAAGACAAACCCUGGGUACUCAAACAGCGUGUGAGACUGGGCAAUUACUGGGCCGAUCUUGUCCUUGUUCGGGGGCGUGUUAAAGCCAUGCAAAUCCGUCCCCUGCGUCCUCAACUAUCCAUCAAGGACAACCCCAAGAUGGAGACCGGGUUAUAUGAAACUAUCAGACGGCUGAUGAACGAUUUCGCGGAAAAGGCCGGGCCACGCAUUAGUGGACACUUGUGCAUCAAAAUCAUGGUUGAUGAAGAAAUCACUCCCAAUUCAGUAUCCUAUGUUGUUUAUAUUGGCAUCUGUCGACAAGGAAGCGGCGCCAUUUCAGGGCUGCUGGAUAAUGAUCCGCCAUCGAAUUUAUACAGCUCUUACCUGGAGAUCCUAUCUCCGGAAGUGAACGGACUCGUUGACUCCAACCUCAAAACACAAGUAUAUACCAAGUCCGGACACUCGCGGAAAUGGUCCGACUACUCGGCUGCCUUGAAUCAAAUAUACAUACCAGUCUCGUCGGUGGUACGAUUGGCAGAGACGCUCUGGAUGCAAACACAAAAACUUCGAUACUCAGUCAUGCAUGUCGUCCCUUUCGCUGAUCGACUGAAAAUGCUCUCUGUGCUCGAUCCGCUACCCUGGUGGUGGCAUUAUCACAUCAGUCAGCCGGUGAAUGGUAUAUUCUCAUUGUUCGAUGGUGAAUUUGAGAUUCAAUAG